AUGAAGGUUUGGAAUUCACAACGCAAACAAUUCAUUUUUAAUAUUAGAAUUCUUUUGCCAGAGGCUUUUUUAUUCAAAAUUAACAAAAAAACAAAACUAAAUAUGCUUGCUGUAGUUAAUGAAGGUGUCGAAAGAUUGAUAAAGGAAGCUGAGAGAAAGAAAGAAGUGGCUUUGCAAGUGAGAAAUCUAUUCGAAAGUUCAGAUGAAAUCUCUGAUGAAAUUCUCAAAGAAAGUAAGCAGCUUUGGGAAGAGUUUGGAUUCACAGAGGAAAUGUCCAAGAUUACUAAUAGAAAGUUGGCAAUUCAAAUUUUGCAAAUGUUUGAAGAUAAAUUGGAUGAAAUUCUUCUUUUACUUUCUAACAAAGUUAAUCCAACACAAGAAGAAACUAAACGAAAGGAUAGAGAUCCAAAGGUUUCUGAUUAUUUCCAUAGGAGAAUUCGUUUCGGUAUGAAAACAGAUAGUGUUGAUGCACUUUCGUAUGUAACUCCAUACAGACAAGCAAGAGAUGUUUCUCAUCAUAUUUUGAAACAAUUCGAAACUCAAUUUCAUAACAUUCCAACUCAUAUCUAUGAUGCCACUGGAGGAAUUGGCGGAAACACCUUUGGUUUCGUCGAUAUUCUCAGAAAAUACUAUUGCACUCAACAAGUGAAUUUGAAAAGUUUCGAAAUGGAUUCGAAUAGAUGCAACUGCUUGAGAGAUAACUUGAAAGUUUAUCUGAAAGAAUAUUCCAGACAAGACAUGAGAAAAAUAUCAACUCAAGUACUGGAAGGAAAUUUCCUUGAGUUAUGGAAAGAAAUUCCACAAAACGAAAGAACAAAUAGUUUAGUCCUAAUUGAUGCUCCAUGGGGUAAUUCAGAUUAUUCGAAACAUUCGAUUAUUUACGAUUUGUAUCUAUUCGAUAAUGAAACUCAGAAGAGUGUUAAUGAAAUUUCACAUGAAUUACUUUACAAUGAUGGAGUUUCUAUGGUUGUGCUGAAAGUUCCAAUGCAUUAUAGUGAAAUGAAUUUAGUUUCGAAUAGUGAAAAGGUGAAAGUUGAAAGCUAUCUCUUGAGAAAGAGUAAAUAUUUAAUCAUUUAUAAAUAA